CCAGUGACACACCGCCUUCCUCAUCUUGCGAGCAACAGACAACCAUGGAGAGAAUCAAGGAGCGCCUUCAAUCCCUCCGCGCUGAGGCGGACACCGCAGUUGCUCGCGCCGAGGAGGCGGAAGCGAAGAACAAGAAACUCGAGCAGCAGCUUCUGGAGAAGGACCAAGAGAUCACAUCCUUGCAGCACAAGCUGUCUGUGAUGGAUGGCGAUCUCGAGAAGGCCGAGGGCAAGCUCACUGCCGCGAAAGCUGCGCAGGAGGAGGGUGAUCAGAGCAAGACGAUCAACGAGGGUCUGCAGAGGAAGAUCCAGCUUCUUGAGGAGGAGCUUGAUGCUGCAGACAAGAGCCUCAAGGAUGCGAUGGAGAAACUGAGGCAGGUCGAUGUCAAGGCUGAACACUUCGAGCGUCAAGUACAGAGGCUUGAACAAGAACGCGAUCAAUGGGAGAAGAAGUACGAGGAAGCACAAACCAAGUAUCGCGAGUCAAAGGCAGAGCUGGACGAGCUCGUCGCCAAUAUGGAAGGACUCUAAUCGCUGUCUGGGUCAAUCUGUACAGUACGCAUACCUUGCAUCUUGGCUCUCGUGGGCGAUGCAUCAACAACCUUAUACUUCUGCUUACCUUACACUCGCGUUUGGAUUUCCGUCUUCGCUAUCACCAUACGAUAUUCAUGAAUAUAUCCUUCACAAAC